AUGUCUUCAUACCUAGGCCUCCCGACCCCCCUCGUCAAGCCCGUCGCCGCCCUGGCCGGGUGGACCUUCGUGAUGGAGGCCUGGAUGUACGCGACGCGACUCCCAGCAAUGAACAAAUACGGAGUUUCGACGGACCCAGACAAGUGCAAAGAGGACUUGAACACCAAGGUCCCAAUCAAGUAUCGACAAAUCGCAGACAACUACAAUCACUUACACGAGCAGCCGACGACCUUCUUCGCGGUGGCCCUCGCCCUGACCAUCGUCGGCGACAACCACAAGUACACCAAGUGGGCUGCCUGGGGCUACGUCGGCACCAGGGUCGUCCAUUCGCUGUUCCAGUCCCUGGUGAACAAGGGUCCUGCCGCACAAGGCGAGGCGCGCGACAUAUUCCAGUGA